AUGGUCACGCAUGCCCAGUCAUCAAGGCAAUGUCGGUAUCUACAACGAGUGCUGCCAGUAGAAGAGACGGCUGAUGUGAACCUGAAGAAGCUGAGUGAUAUGAUAACAAAGGUGAUUUCUGUUCAAGAAGUGGCGAAGCAUUUGAAGGCUAGAGAUGACGGCUCGGUACCGUCAUAUGCCUUAGAAUUCAAAGCACGGAAUAAUGAUUCCAUCAAGAAGUCCGACGUGUUGGAAAUGCUCGGCGAUGCCGUCAAUGCGAUUGCUCCAGCGGCUAAAGUGGACCUCUCUGGCGCUGAUGUGACGUUCAUGAUACAGCUGGUGCGGAAAACGAUGAUGAUUGCUGGAAUACCUAAUUAUUAUUCGAAACGGAAAUACAAUAUGCAUCCAAAGGAAGAAAAACCGGAUGAUGACAAGGCAGCGGUUGGAGCCAAAGAGACUGAGACCGGAAGGGCUGAAGAUCAAAAAGAUGCAGACGAUGAUCAGAAAAAGUCUUCAGGCGGUGAUGAAAGCGGAUCAAAGGUAGUCAGUUCGACGGAUGACUGA